AUGUCCACAGGAUACCGCCUUCCCCCAAACGAGCACGCUGGGUUUGCCGUCAUCUCUAGGCUUAUCGCCUGCCUCGUCACCGAAAGCCUCCUUUGUGCCUUCUAUAUCGAGACCCCAAAGUCAAGCGCCAUGCCAUACUCUGGCAUCCUGGUCAUUCUAGCCACCACCACGAGCGUGAUCUCGGAGCAACCUAACAUCACUCGUGCCCUCCGACCCGACGACAUAUUUGCCAUUGUUCCCCUCCACCAUGCACCAGUAUUCAAGGCCAGCCCAUCUACCCCAACAAAGCAUGGCCGCCCAGUUGGACUUGUUGACCCACUCGACAUGCUACCCGAGGUCUACGUUCUCGUAGACACUUCUGGCGAUCCGGCCCGGGACGAAUUGAGCGAGACUCUGCUCUCGAGCCUAACGCCCCCGCCAUGGGAGCUGGGCCAAUCGAUAUCACUCAGAAAGUGCACUGACCCGAUCGAGUUAUGGGACAAGUUCGUCAAAGACAUGCUUCUGCCUGACUCGCUCAGUACUGCGAUAUCGGAUGAGCUUCGAAGCUCGAUGUAUUGGCAACGUCUCUCAUACGAAAAUCCACCACAGAUUGCGUCACUCACCUCAGCGCCGAUCGAGUGGGAGCAGAGUCUCGUCGCUGGCCAUCCAACCCACCCAAUGUACCGAGCGAGGAUGUGUGUCAGCGCUCCGAAUGACUACGACUGGUAUCGCCCCAAGAUCCAUUUUACACGGGUCCCCAGUGAAAGCCUUGACAUACGGGGUUCCUUCGCGACCGUGACCCGCCAACUUGUCACACAAGCAGCACGACAAUCGGGUACCAGCAUUCCCGAAGAUGUCCCUGGCACCAUCUUCAUGCCCGUCCACGAAAUGCAGUUGCCGACAAUCCGCGAGAAAUUUGGAGACGUCGAAAUUUUAGAGCCCACAAUUGACGCCCUCGCUCAAUCUAGCAUCAGGACAGUUGUGGUCCCCUCCAUGAACAACAUGGCUCUCAAACUUUCUGUCAACAUGAAAAUAUCCUCCGCGCUCCGCACCAUCUCCCAUUGGACUGCCGACUUUGGCCCACGCUUCUCCCACGACAUCGUGCCUAAACUCAAGGUCAAUCCUCGAAUUUUCUCUGUCGAACCAGAGCCCGCGAGUGCCGUGUAUGCCGGGGUAGACAACGCGACACGGAAACACUUCACGGCCAUUUUUCGGGAAGAGUAUCAGCCGAAAGAGGGGGAAAGCAUCGCUGUCGUUGCCGCAUUGCUGGAAUCCGGUCACCACGGUGCUCCAGCGGGCGUUUCCGCCGUAGAACAUGUAUUUGGUCUCAACACCGAAUCAAAGCGUCAACAAUUCUUGGACAACUACAUCCGUCUGGCCUGUGAUGCAUUGCUCCCGCCGACACUACACAAUGGCGUAGUCUUUGAGGCCCACGCACAGAAUUGCCAACUGCGCUUCAACACGACGACAGGCGAGCUCCUUGGUUUUGUCGUUCGCGAUCUAGGGGGACUACGAAUUCACCCUCCAACAAUGAACGCAUCGCUGGGAACCAACUUCGAGUUCCUCCCUGGUCAUUGCGUCGUUACGCAAACUCUUGAGGAGACGUACCCCAAGUUAUACCACACUUUCGUCCACAACCAUCUCCAACGUUUGAUUCGCCUCUUGGGAUUGCAUUACAACGGUGUUGGGUGGGAGAUAUUACGGAACCACUUACGAAGGACCGUCCCGAGAGACCACGGCCUAUGGAAAGCGUGGAUGGAGACUGAGACAGUGGCCGGCAAGUGCCUCCUUCGCAUGCGCUUGCAGUCAGUGCACGACAAGAUGGUCUUUAGUCCCAUUCCCAACAUGUUACAGUUUGGUGGUGACACCGCAGCCAACAACAGCCUGGAGGUCAUCGCAAAUCUCGAGGAAGCCGCAGUCAAGCCCACAAUCAAGCCGAGAUAUUGGCCAUGGCCGUUGAGCCAACUCUUCGAGAAAUGGCUCUGA